AUGAAGGCUCCUAAACCAAGACCAUGUGGACCUGCACCUACUUAUGGUCAGAUGUUUGGUGACGGUGUUGGGACUUCAUCUUCUUCCGACUCAUCAUCUUCUGAGGCCAUUUAUGACUCUCAGGCGUUUGAGAUAACUGCUUGGAGCACUCCUCGUCAUACACCUCGAAUACCCCCUUAG